CUAGUUCCCCUUUCUGCCUGCAAUGUGGGCUUUUCAACAAGGCUGUCAGUGAGAUGAAUGAUGACCGACAGUGAACCCGAAGAUCUUACAGGCAUGUCAGACGGAGACUUUGUUCUUUUGUAAUAAAAAAAUAAAGCUGUCAAACACCGGGUUGAAACAGGUGACACAGGUAAAGGUUUGACGUUGCUCCUCCAGCUGUUGCCUUCACGGCGCCUCCUGCAGCUGAGUGUUCAAGCCCAAAACGAUCAUGGCUGCCGCAGGGAGGAUGAGGACGUGGAGCUGUCCGGUCAGAGGAGUUUUCUAUCCAUGGACAGUCCUUUUUGUACUUUUCCUCAGUACUAUAAAUGCGGUUGGUGCAGCACCAGAGCCGGGGCAUUGGAUAGUCACUGUUGUAAAUACCUCAAGAUUGCUGCUGUUAAAGAAAUCCAUGUAUAAAGACACUGAUAUUGGAUUGAACGUUGUGGAUUUUGGCUGUCCUGAGGAAGUGACCUUCACCAUUCAGUGGUAUUUAAAAUACUACCGCUGUCACAAUGAAUUCAAUAAUAUUGAAGAAAUGUAUGACAAAACACAGCUGAGUCGUGGGGAGAGCCUCGAUCCAAAUCCCCUCGGGGAAGGAGAGUACAUUGAACACAGACACCAGCCUAUAACAUGUAACAAUGGACUGCGCUCCUUCCCUAUGCUAAAAAAAACAAAGGCAGAAUCACGUCCGGUUAGUCCACCUGUGGCGGGUGAAGUGCUGGAUGAAAAUGAGAACCGGUGGAUCACUGAGGAGUAUGACAGCAGCAGCAGCAAGAACAGCAGCGUGAAUAUCAGAGACAAUGUCAUAGCCACCACCUGGAAGGACGGGCCUUACCUGCUGGUUGUUAAGAUAGUUUCAAAUAAAUCAGAUGCCAACUGGAAUUUAACAGUUGAUGUGGUGAUGAAAGGCGACCACGGCUACAUUUCUAUCACAGAUUAUCCUCUCAUGAUUUUCUACAUGGUGAUGUGCAUAGUGUACAUCCUGUACGCCAUGCUGUGGUUUAUCUGGGCAGCCUGUUACUGGAAGGAUCUGCUGAGGAUUCAGUUCUGGAUAGCAGGGGUCAUAUUCUUGGGGAUGGUGGAGAAGGCCGUCUUCUGCGCCGAAUAUGAAAACACCAACGCUGUUGGCGCUGCCUCUCCAGGCCUGCUGAUCUUUGCCGAGCUGGUCUCUGCCCUCAAGAGAACUUUGGCUCGAUUGCUUGUCAUCAUCGUCAGCCUUGGUUAUGGCAUUGUAAAGCCUCGACUGGGGACAGUAAUGCACAGAGUGGUGGGGCUCGGUAUUCUCUACUUUGCUUUUGCUAGCAUUGAAGGCAUUCUGAGGAUCACUGGGGGUCGGGACAAUGGCCCAGCUCUCAUUACAGCAAUUGUUCUGGCUGUGUUUGAGUCCUGCUGCAUCUGGUUCAUUUUUGUGAGUCUGGCACAAACCAUCAAGACUCUGAAGCUGAGGAGAAACCCUGUCAAGUUGUCUCUCUACAGGCACUUUACAAACACAUUAAUAUUUGCUGUCAUUGCUUCCAUCAUUUUCAUGGCUUGGACAACAAAAAAAUUUCGACUAGCGGUUUGCCAGUCUGAUUGGAUUGAGCUGUGGGUGGAAGAUGCUUUCUGGAGGUUCUUGUUCUCCGUUAUUCUGUUGGUCAUAAUGUUUUUAUGGAGACCAUCUGCAAACAACCAAAGGUAUGCUUUCACACCUCUCAUGGAUGACUCAGACGAUGAGGAGAUUGAGGAAUUUAUUGCCUCUUCAAACAUUGCUGACGGCAUAAAAUUGAGAGCCUCUAAAAAUGAGACCAAUGGCACGGUGAAGCCUGCAGAAACAAACCCAGAUGAAGACAUGAAGUGGGUGGAGGAUAACAUUCCUAGUUCUCUUACUGAUGUAGCUCUGCCGGUCCUGCUUGACUCAGAUGAGGAAAUCAUGACGACCAAGUAUGAGAUGUCAAAGCUGGAAUAAGGUAAAACCUUUCCAGCCAGCAGCUGACAUGGAGAGACAACACAGCAGCCGUCCCCGACUCUGCAGCAAGGUUUUCUCCAGGGUUUCCAGUCAGGUGGUGGUGGAGUGCCAUUUAGUUUUUUCAGGGGAUCCUCCCGAUAUGGCUGCUCCUUCGCAGGGUGGUGCAGGCCACAGUUGAAGGGGACCUCUGCUCAUUUCCUCAACUUCUCAAGAACAAAAGAUUCUACUAGAGGAAAACUGCCGUCGGUUCACUGUUUCCUCGAUCUGAUCAGUUUUGAGCCUUUCUUUCCAAAGAGAAUGUUUCAUUUUAUAUUAAGUGCUAUAUUUAUUUCUGUUAUGUUCACUUGAAUUUAUUUUAUCAGAGAAUUAAGAACAGAGGGUCUCAUGCAUGAACCUACUCUUAAAUAUACGUUAAGUGUCUUUUUGAUACGAGAUAAUGAAAUAGGAUGCUUAUUUAUGAACAGGAAAAUAAUUUAAAGGGUUUUUUUUCUGCAGUAAUUAACACCAGGAAUGAUUUAAGGUUUUUUUGCGGGGUAGAUCUCCAGGGAAGAAAGAGAGUGUUUAUUGAUUAAUUUCAAACAGGAUCUUUCUUUUCGUAUUUCUCUAUCUAUCUAUUUAUAUAUCUAUAUAUAUGUGAAGUUCCUAAAGAAUAAUACAAAAGUUAUGGAAUUCAGGAUACACUAUGUAUUUUUCAAAUGAUUUUGACUGUCCGAAGAAAACUUUUUUUUUUUUUUUGUUACCAGCAUUAAAAUCAUGUUCAAAGCAUUAAAAUACAGAAAUGAAAAUACUAAGAUUUUUGAAUAGAACAUUUGCUCCUAUGCACUUUCAAGAUCAAAGUUGUGCCUACAUGUAGUUCUUGUAUGAGGCCUAAUCUGGUAUUCCAAUAAUCUCAGUAUUGGUGUGUGAAUGAGUGUGAGAGGGGCGAUGCAUAAAUAAGUGAUUUGUACAAUUUGAAUUCAAUGAAGCAGUAAAGCGUUGGGGUUUGUAGUCAGUGUAGGCAGUCUAUUAUGAAUCUACUGUAUGUGUGUCGAGGGGUGUCUUUUGAAAUAAGGAGCAAUAUACUGUAUGUUGAUAUGGAGUUUUAAAACUGUAUUAUUUAUUUGUGUCUAAAGUGUACUUAUAAGUUGUGUGUUCACCCGU